GAUGUUCUGCAUUACUGUAAAGUUUAAUAGUUAGUAAGGAUGUCUAUACCACUUCUAGGCCUACUGCUCAGUUUACUAGGACUUGGAACGAUUUCGGCAGAAGACUGCCUUGCCAGGGAUUACGGAAAUAAUGGUACAGUAUGUGUAUGUAAUGCAGACCAAUGCGAUACCAUAGCCCGGGUGCAAACAUUGAGUGAAGGAAGUUACUUACUUUACACUUCCAAUAUGGCAGGGUUGAGGUUUCAAAUUGACAAUGGCACGUUCUCCGAGUUAAGCACAACAUCGGAGAACAGGAUCAUCAUCGACCAGGAUGAUAGUUAUCAAGAAAUUCUCGGUUGGGGAGGAGCUUUUACUGACGCUACUGGUAUAAAUAUCAAUUCCCUUAGUUCAGGGGCCAAAGAGAAGCUUAUGAGAUCAUAUUUCUCUGAAGAUGGCCUAGAAUACAGUCUAUGUCGAGUGCCCAUCGGAGGAACAGAUUUUUCGACUCAUGGCUAUACGUAUGUCGAUGAAACGGAACCGGAUGUCGAACUGACCACUUUUGCUCUAACAGACGAGGAUUAUCAACUUAAGAUUCCGUUGAUACGCGAAGCCUUUAAUCUAACCGACAACAAUCUGAGAUUGUUCGCUUCUGCGUGGACAGCUCCGAAAUGGAUGAAGUUGAACGGAGCUUAUUCUGGCUUGCUUGGUUUUCUAAAGAGUGCAAUGUAUCAGCCCUGGGCCAACUACUUUUUAAAGUUCUUGGAGGCGUAUGAUAGCGAGAAUAUUCCAUUUUGGGGAAUAACCACCGGAAACGAGCCUAGCCUUGGAUUUUUCCCUAUAGAAAUACCAUCGGUAGCAUGGACCUUUACACAAAUGAGAAUCUGGAUUAGAACGAAUUUAGGGCCCACUUUAAGAAACUCUCCCUAUUCUAAUAUAACUAUAAUGGCUUUAGACGAUCAGAGGAUAUUUUUGCCCUGGUAUAUCGAUGGGUUGUUCCUGAAUUCCGAUGUGCGAAACUAUAUUGACGGCAUAGCUACACACUGGUACUGGGAUGAUAUUAUACCACCUUCUAUGCUUACCACGACUCAUGACACGUACCCUGAGAAGUUUCUGCUUGCAACAGAAGCUUGUGUGGGAGACGGUGACGAUAUAUCUGUAGUAUUAGGAUCUUGGUCGAGAGGAGAGCAGUACGUUUUUAGCAUUAUCGAGUACGUAAAUCACUGGACUACGGGUUGGCUAGACUGGAACAUGGCACUGGACGAAACAGGAGGGCCAACGUAUAUAAAUAACAACGUCGAUUCCCCUAUAAUUGUCAAUGCAUCAGCAGACGAAUUUUACAAGCAGCCCAUGUAUUACGGUAUAGGGCAUUUCUCCAAAUUUGUUCCAAGAGGUUCUGUGAAAAUAUCAUGUUCGCAAUUCGCCAGCGACGUACCGACGACAGCAUUUAAAAGACCUGAUGGCGGAGUUGUCGUAGUUAUUUUGAAUCAGAGGGACGAAGAAGUACCUGUUGUAAUAGCUGACGCUACCAGAGGAGAGGUGAAUUUAAAUUUAUCUGCCCGUUCUUUUACGUCUGUAUUGUACUGGUAGAAAAUUAAUAAAAACUAACCAUAUAAAA